AUGCAAACGCCAACUGCAAAUGCAGCAUCGCCGCGGGGCCGCCCCCAGCAGCGCAGCAGCGCUCACGGGGCUGAGGGUCCAGACACUACUGGAGGGGAAGCUGAUAAGGCAGCAGCAGCAGCAGCAGCAGCAGCAGCAACAACAGCAGCAGCAGCGGCAGCAGCAGCGGCAGCAACAUCCAAACAACCAGGAGCGAUAGAAAUAGCAGGGGAGAAGGAUGCAGCAACGACGCCAGCUGCAGCAGCAGCUAAGCCAGCAGCAGCAGCACCAGCAGCAGCAGCAGCAGGAGGAGAGAAGAAAAGAAGGGGUUUUCGAGGGCUGCGUCGUUUGAGCGGGGGACUAUGUUUUGCUGUCUCCCCUUCGCGUUUGCUGCGUGUAGAGUUAGCGCACUUAAUACCGAAAGAGCUGCUGCUGCUGUUUUACAUGACCAGUGCCCUUCUAACAGGCUGCGUAUACUUUGGCUUUCAUUCAUUGAGGAGAAUGAUGCUGAUAUCUGGGGCGUAUGCAUGGCUGUGCGACGAGCCUGUAGCAGGAGCAGCAGCAGCAGCAGGAGCAGCAGCAGGAGCAGGAGCAGCAGCAGCAGCAGCAGCAGCACCUGGGGAAGGAGACGACUCGAGCUUGCUGCUCUGUGACGCUCAAGAUGCUGCAGUGUCUCCUCUCUUCACAGUAGCUAUGGUGUCGCACUCCUUGAUGUCUGCUGCAGCAGGUGCACUGUUAGAUCGUGUGGGGCCUAAAGCAACAGCAAUAUUGGGCAUCUGCAUGCUUAUUGCAUUGCUCUUGCUGCCCUGGCACUGCAACGAGCCCCCGCAGCAGCAGCAGCAGCAGCAGGAGCAGGAGCAUGCGGAUGCUGCUGCAGCAGUGGGGGAUAAAGGGCUGGCAGAGACUCCAGAUGCUCUCGCCAUUGAACCUCCUGCUGCAGCAGAGGGCCCACACAAGGAGGCGCCUUCACUCAACAAGCAGCAGCAGCAGCAGCAGCAGCAACCGUGCCCCAGCCCUAGCACCAGCGGCAGCAGCUUACCUCUCUUCUUGCCUCAGCAGCAAGAAGCUGCUGCAGACAACAGCACUAAUCUCUCCGAAGGGGGGGGUAUAGAUUCCCCAACCACCUGCGCAACAGCCGUAGCCGUGCCAGCAGCAGAUUACGACCCUGCAGCAGCAGCAGCAGCAGCAGCAGCAGCAGCAGCAGCAGCGAAGACAGAAGCGACGUCUCUGCAGCUAUCGAAGGGCCGACGACGCAAGUGUUUCUCAGUUUGGCCCAGGCGGACCCCUUCCUGCAGCCGCAGCAGCAGCAGCAAUAGCAGCAACGGGAGCAGCAGCAGCAGCAGCAGCAGCAGUUUUCGCCGAGACUUAUUUUCUUUGCGUUUUUUGUGCAUACCGUUGAUAGCCUCUGUGCAGCAGCUAUCUAUAUCUUACUUUCAGAUGGCUGCCCCUCGUUUACUGGGGGAGGAAGUAGCAGACAGCUUAGAUUCUUAUUUAUCGCUUGCUUUCGUCCCCUGUCUGUUGAUAGGCGCUGCAAUAGAUAUCUUCGGCAUAUACCCUAUUCUCUGUCUUAUGAAUAGUUUGGGGCUGUUGGCUUAUGCAUGCACUUUAGGCUCUGGGGCUCUUUCAGGUGUACGUACACUGGGAUUGAUAUGUUUCUGCGGCUAUGUCUCGCUAGAUAGCGAGCUUAUUUUCUGCUGCGUUAGCAGCUUGUUUAGCAGCAAACACUUUGGCCGACUAGCAGGCAUAUCUCAAGCUUCAGGGGGGUUGAUAUCUCUUAUUGCAAUACCUCUCUAUGAUGCGGUGUCUGUACAGCUCAAGGGCGGUGAUUGCAAACCCGUAGCUUCUUGUAUAACUCUCUUACUCGCGUUUUCAUAUCCUAUUAUCUUCUGGUUAGGCUGGGGAGCUAUGUGCAAAAGAAAUGCAGCAGCAAGGCCGCCACCUGCUGCUGCUGCUGCGGCUGCUGCUGCCGGUGGUGGUGGUGGUGGUGGUGGUGCUGCUGCUGCUGCAGACACCUCGCAGCAACAGCAGCAGCAGUCGCCUGAUGCCGCCUGCUUUCAGCAGCAACACCAACUCGCUGUACACAUCGAGCUGCCUAUACACCCCAACAAAGAUAAGCAAAUGAUACAAGACUCCACACAGGCUGGGUAUGACAAGGUCGCGCUGCUGCCUCUAUCAGCAGCAACAGCAGCAGCACCUGGAGCAGCAGCAGCAGAAGCAGCAGCAGCAGCAGAUCACCUCCCACUGAAGGCUAUAGGGCACCAGGAGACAGAGGAGACAGAAGCAGCAGAUUCGUCUUUCGGGGUAGACGAAAAGACUCAAACAGCAGAUGUAUGCUGCUGCGUAUAA